AAAUAAAGUAUCUCAAAACAAAAAUUUGUUGUUACUUUUAAUUUUUCCCCCAAAAUGACUAGUUUUCUACCAAAAGAUCUUACGGACCCAGACAUCCUAGGGGUUUCAGAAUUCAUAAAAAACAGGUUGUAUUUCAUUACUUACUACCAAAACAAAAUUCCAGAAGGGACAAAGAAUUUGCAUUGUUUUACCACCAAUGACGAUUUUACUGGAGAUGAAGAAUCUGAAAUUGUAAGCCGGGUAAGCCUAGGAACAAUCUUCAAAUUCUUUAAUGUGUUAAACAAAAAACUGACCCAGGAAAAAUACAAGGAAAAAAUUAUCGUGAACUACACUUCAGGUAGUGAAAGAAAAAGACGAAACGGUGCAGUUUUGAUUGGAGCUUAUGCUAUGACACGUCUCCAAAUGAGUCCAGAACAGGUUGCUGACAAACUUUCCACGCAUUCAUUACCCAGUCCGAUAGACUUUCUGAAAGCCAUGGAAAAGGCAAUCUCGUUUGGAUUCAUCAACUUUUAUAGUUUUAAUGCUGAAGACUUUUACAACAUGGAUGAUGUCAAACUUAACUGGAUUGUCCCAAACAAAUUGUUGAUGUUCAAUGGACCAUUGGAUGCCUCCAAUGAGAGAUACUUGUCUCCUCGUCGUUACAUCAAGAUAUUCCGCUACAUGGAGGUGCAGACGAUCAUCAGGAUCUGCCAUGUCAAGUAUGACGCCAAUCCAUUUGUUGGAGCUGAUUAUCCACACUAUGACAUCAACAUUGCAGGUUCCAUUCCGACAGAUGAGGUUUUGGAAGCCUUCCUUGAGCUAACUGAAGAGUGCGAAGGUGUCGUCCUGAUCCACUGCCGUGAAUAUUUGGGCAGAGCCGGGUGUCUGGCAGGAGCUUAUUUAGUCAAACACUUCGGACUAUCAGCAGAAGAGGCAGUGGCUUGGGUGAGACUCUGCACCUCAGAAUGUAUCUUGGAGGCGCAGAAAAACUGGCUCAAAGAUAAGGAGGCACCCCUUCAAAAAGCCGGGGAACUACAUAAAAUGGAGGGAAAACAUUCUAAUCCAUGUAUAUCAAUUUGUGCAUAUAGAAGCAAAGAGGUCCAGUCAUCUGAUAAGGAAAAUAUGGAAUCGUCCAAUUUUGAUGUAACUGCUCAACUAGAAAAUGAGAUAAAAGUUGAAAUGCCUGAAUAUCAAGUGGCAUAGCAAAAAUUGUAAAAGGAAAUCUGGCUAAUAAAUUAUUUUUACAGUA